AGUAGUUGUUUUCAAGUUUGAUAGGUACAAGUAGUUUUCUACAAUGUCAAUAACACACAACCUAACCCGUCAAGAAAUAGUAGAGAUCAAAUGGGAGAUCUCUCUCAACAACGUUUUGACUUUUCCUUCAUAUCUUCACCGCCUAAACUCCAAUUUUCCGUACUUGUGAAAUUUAAAAGUCGAAGUCAAUGGGCUCUCUCUCUCUAUCUCUAAAACAUCUGUUUUUUUUGUAUAUCAUGCAAUAUGAUUAGCAAGGAAGUGAAGGCUCAAGUGAAUCACAAAUCAGAAGAAUAUGAGGAAUCUCUGCACUAUUUGUAUCGGAACUAGUAAAGGAUAUGACAAUGGGUUUUGUUGGACUAUGCAGAGCAAGAUCAAAGUUGAAGAGAAAACCAAAAGGUUUCAUGAAGAAUGAAAUCGGGAUUCAUGAAGGGAUAAAGACUGUAGGGGUGGACAAUUAUUGUGACUUCUCCAGUAGUUCGGAUCUCUGCAUUUGCGUAGUCACUUGGAAUAUGAAUGGACAGGUCUCAUAUGAAGACAUAGAAGAACUGGUUGGGAGAGACAGGAAGUUUCAUCUGCUGGUGGUCGGCCUCCAAGAGGCCCCUCGGAACAAUAUUUCCAGGCUGUUGCAGGCAGCUCUAGUUGAAUCUCACAUCCUGUUAGGGAAAGCCAUCAUGCAAUCUGUGCAGCUGUAUGUGUUUGGACUAAAGAACUCAGAGUUGUUCAUCAAAGAAUUGAAAAUGGAUAAAUAUGCUGCUGGAGGCUGUGGAGGAUUAAUUAGGCGAAAAAAAGGGGCGGUGGCUAUUAGAAUUAACUACAAUGGAACCCUUAUGGUCUUCAUCUCUUGUCAUCUUUCCGCUCACACCCGCAACGUGGAAGAGAGAAAUUCUCAAUUCAGGAACAUAUCAGACUCCCUCUUCUCCAAAAUUUGGAACCCUUUUUCAAGACCUGCCCAAAUCACCAUAUGGUUAGGAGAUCUCAACUACAGACUUCAGGGGAUUAAUGCAUUUCCAGCCAGAAGUCUAAUUCAGGAAAACCUUCACAAACUACUCACCGGGAAAGACCAACUCUUACAAGAGGCUGAAAGAGGGCAGAUUUUUAGCGGAUAUUGCGAGGGAACAUUAGCAUUCAAACCAACAUAUAAAUAUGACAUCGGAAGUAACAGUUAUGAUACAAGUAACAAAGUAAGAGUACCAUCAUGGACAGAUCGGAUAUUGUUCAAGAUAGAAGACGUUGACAAGAUCAAUGCGACUCUACACUCCUAUGAAUCAAUAGACACUAUUCACAGUUCCGAUCAUAAACCAGUUAAAGCACACCUCUGCAUACAAGUUAACAAGUAGUUCUCACUUAUCCACGUCAAAUCAAAGCACUUGUUUUAAGUGCUUUUGCGUCUUAAAAUUUGAACUCAUUUUUCGUACAGAUUAACACUAUUGUGCCCUUGGUCGUUGAAUGUAAUACAAAUUCUUAAUUGACUGUAUGAUAUUGGGCAAUUGUCCUCUGCUAGGUGUGUAAACAAUAUGGACAGAAAAUUUCACAUCUUUUUGAAACAGUUAAUUUAA